AUGCCGAUCAGCAUACACAGAACGACAAGCAGUAAUAGCCACCGGACGCUAAAUUCGUUCAUACAGUCAACGUUUUCGCGUGCAAGUUCGCCAGACAGCAAAGCCCCAAUAAUAUCAGCUGCCAAGCCUAUCGAGGAAGAAACACUGCCAAAGUAUAGCCCAAAUACCUUUUAUGCGGCAAAGAUAGGCGAUAAGUUGAACGAUCGAUAUGAGGUGAUUGCGAAGCUGGGGUAUGGUAUGACAGCCACUGUCUGGCUAGCCAAAGACUUGCAUGCAUCACCUGGUCCAGGAUCAAGGAAAUACGUCACAAUCAAGAUUAACGUUAACACAUUGUCGGAUGACUUCUUGAAAGGUCGUAGGGAGAUCGCCAGGAAGCUGAUGGUAACGAACCCGAAACAUCCUGGCUACAAACAUGUCCGAUUCAUGCUCGACACAUUCAGCAUCAAGACAAAACACGGUGUACAUCUUUGCAUCGUCUACGAUGUUUUACGCGAGCCCCUCGAUGAAUGUCAAGCCAAGUUCUCCCACGGUGUCUUUGGCAGCGACAAGCUAAGAAAGUUGUUGCCCUCACUGCUCAAAGGUCUCGAUUACAUGCAUUCCGAAUGCCACGUUGUUCAUACGGAUCUCAAACCAGACAACAUAAUGAUGGGUCUUGGGGACGAUCCAAAUGCAGUAUUGGACAAGUUUGCGGCACAUCAACACGCCAAUCCGCCGGCCCGCAAAACUCCUGAUAGUCGCGACGGUCAUAUUAUAUACAAGUCCAGCAGUGACCUUCUGUUGGUAGGAGAGAACGACAAGGGAAACUCGAUAACCGACGCAGUUUUGGCAUCUGCCAAGAUCACAGAUAUUGGUCUUGCUGAAUGGGGCGAUCAAGGUCCACAACACAAAGCCAUCCAGUCUAAUGCUUUCACAUGUCCAGAGGUUUUACUCGGUUCAGGCUGGUCAUAUCCAGCAGAUAUCUGGAACUUAGGCGCGAUGAUGUGGGAUUUGAUUGAAAUGCAAGGACUCUUUGAUCACAUAAACACCGCUCCAGGCAAAUAUCACGCCAACGAGCAUCUUGCACUAAUGAUAUGUCUGCUGGGACCUCCACCAAAAGAGCUACUGGACCGAGGACUCAAGACCUGCAAUUAUUUCGACUACGACCAAGAAACGCAGGAGUACAUCUUCAAAUUCCCAAAGCUAGUCGACAAAUACAAGGCCAACAUAUCUUGGGAUUGCGCACUAACACACAUGCAAGGCGAGAACAAAGAAUCCUUCAUCGACUUUGCAAAGAAGAUGCUCGCCUGGGUACCCGAAGAACGAUGGACCGCCGCACAACUCCUAGACCACCCAUGGCUGCAAACCCGACCAGGCAACGUCACAUGCACCUGUCAAGAUUACGAAGAAGCUUCCAAAACUCUCGCCCGUAGCGCCGACACAGACACAGAUCUCGGAACCGAGCGAAGAAGCCACGGAAGCAGCUCGAUGUAUUCCGACGCACAAUCGCAAAUGGGUUUCGAAUCCCCUAAACAGGGAAUAUCGAAGCGCAGCACGGCCACGAGCUUGAUGAGCAUGGAUGGCAUGAAGAGUAAUCUUCCGAGUUUAGUCGUUACACCUUCCAAGUAG